UUCCUCUUUGAUUUGUAGAUUCAAAAUGGCGGCGGGCAGUGUAGACCUGACCGAAGAGGACGCAGCCGACCUGCAGUUUCCCAAGGAGUUUGAGAACGCAGAGACGCUGCUGAUCAGUGAGGUUCAUAUGCUGAUUGUGCAUCGCAAGCAACAGAACGAGAGUGCCGAGGAGGAGCAGGGCUUCUCCAACGUCUUCCAGAAAACCGACACCUAUACGGAACGAUUCCGCAAGUUCAAAAAUAAGGAAACGAUAGCGGCCGUUCGGAACCUGCUGACCCAGAAGAAGUUGCACAAAUUCGAGCUGGCGUCGAUCGCGAAUCUGUGUCCAGAGACCCCCGAGGAGGCCAAGGCUCUCAUUCCCAGUCUGGAGGGCCGAUUCGAGGAUGAGGAACUCAGGCAGAUAUUGGAGGAUAUCCAGACCAAGAGGAGUCUCCAGUAUUGAGGAGCUACAGUGCUCCCGAGAUGUUGUGGAAGUCAAGGACUACCUGAGCUAGAAGAGAAUCGAUGGAUUUAUCAUCAAUAAUUGACGAUCUCUGGACUCAAACAGCUAAUCUUAUGUAUUAUAAUCUCUUGAGCUGGAUCCGCUCCCAACAGUGACAGUGAGAAUAUAUUUUCCAUGAGUUGUUAUUGGACUGUUUCCACUCAGCCCGGCCGAGCCAGUAUGAAUAAUCCCAUUAGAACGUAUGGGGAUUAUAUUUUCACUGUCACUGUUGUGUACGGAUCCACUUGUAAAUAGUAGGCUACCUUUUAUUAUCUCUAAUUUCUAGUUUUGUCCGGUCUAGUUUGGUUUUUGUGUACGGAUUAUAUUGUGUAUAUAGUA